AUGGAUCUUCAGAAAACAAAGGAGGCGAGGCGCAAUGCGCCGGGGGAGGAAGACGGAACGGGGUGUCCACUAGAAGCAUACAACGGAAGCGGUCAUUCAAUCGACUCCCUCAAGAACGAUUCUCUGGAUCAUCGCGAUGCAACCAAACGCAAAAACUGCGGCAAGGAUAGCGCAAGUACAGAGCAACCAUGCUCGGCGACGCCGCCGACCCCUCCGCCUCCUUCGUCUGAAGCGAUGAAGAUCCCGAAAGCAUUAGAAUUGAGCGUGAAACAGCACAAACUACUCCAGGAAGCUAAACGAUAUCCUCCAGUCACUAAGAGAACGCUGAGUGAGCUCGACUUGCCCUGCAUCAUGAGCAAUAUCAACCUUCGAAUGGACGCCAAUUUCGAUCGGGACCUACAUUUCAAACCGGAUUUAGACGGGGAGAAAGGGAGAAGGAAAAGGAAAGAAGCGGGAGAUUACUGGGAGGCGAUGGCUGCCGAAAUCGCAAUCUAUGCUUUUUGCGCAAGCCAGGCCGAGGACGCCACAAACGACGACCAGCAGGAUGACCUGCGGCAGACGUUCGAGCCCCGACUGCCCGCCAUGUUCGAAACCCUACAAGACGUCCUCAAAACCUUGGUUCCGGAGCGCGAUCACCCGGCCGUUACGCAAAACCUUGAGGUGGCUCUGCUGAUGCAGCAGGUCCGGAAGGGAGUUCUCGACAUGGUUGGGAUCGCCAACUGGCUAGCCAGGCUCCUUAAAACACAUUGCGCUCCGAUGCGAGACCAAUGGGCAGACCGCAUGGUUGAGCAGAUCAGUUCGGGCUCGGAAUCGCAGGACUCCAUGGAGAUUGUCCGCGGGCUGCAGACCCUCUUCGCCAUUUUGGAGGCUAUGAAAUUGGAUGUGGCAAAUCACCAGAUCCGCGCCUUUCGGGUUCUCCUAAUCGAAGACACUGUCCCAUUCCUGCAAGAGUACUUCCGGAGUAAGAUAGCCAGAGACAAUUUUCGCGUAGAGGCUUCGCGGCUAUGGUAUCUGGACGUACGGGAGCAGGAGCUACGCAACCUGGGCAAAAGUGCUCAAAACGACAGCUUCCUUCCGAUCUCGUUAUUAUUCCACGGGUUAACCGAUAUCCUACUACAAUUUCAUGGGCCGGAAGGUUUCCCGGAAACUUUCGUCUUCGACUCGGACCGCUUAUGGCAGCUCCGAUCUGGGCUCCAGAAUCUCAUCACUCUGGAUAUCUGCUGGUUCAUCUUCGAAUCAUACGUCCAUACGCAGAAACGGUACUUGUCCGCGCCGGCCCAAACCUAUGCCAGCUUUCGCUCGCGAAUUGGGUCAUUGAUGGAGGAGAACGAAGACUGCCGGCGGGGGUCGGCGCGAUGGUUGAAGAAUGUGCGCGGGAUCGCCUUGGAGAUUGCACGGUUUGCGUGCGCAGCAUGCUCUGGGGAUUCCAUGGUCUCGGAUACUGUCAUCGCACCAAUCGAAGCGACGUUGGAGUGGCAUCUGUCCAACGAGUCGUCGGAGCUGUUUCAGUACUUUCAGAACGCGCUGCGACAGAAAUUGCUGGUCUCCACGUUUGCCUUUGCCAAAAAGUACCUCAACAUGUCGCCUCUGGCCAUCUGCGAGUCUCAACGAAGCUACUCGCAUUCGCCACUCCCGCAGCACUACGACAUUGAGCGGAUAUCGAUGCGACUAGCACACAUUGGCGUCCUGCAUUGGAGGGUAUGGGCGCCCAUUCUCUACGUGCGCGAGAGCCUGUCAGCGACUGACGUGGCGAGCAGUCUGCCCGCCGCAGAGUCCUAA